AUGGUGUCAAUGCUGCGCGUGCGGCUGAUCUUGGGGACCAUUGCACUGGGCUAUGGCAUUAUCUUUGUCCUCUGCAUGUGUCUGGUCAUCUACAUGCGGCACUAUCGAUCCAGUGCUCUGCGGGGGGACACGCGCGCUGCACGCCGCGUGCUCCUGCCGGCGUUCCAGCCGCUCUUGUGGCUCCUGACCGCCGUGUCGCUGGUCUAUACCAUUUGCUUUACUUUGCUGGUGUCGAAGAGCCCCGAUCCGGCCGAUCUCGAUCGCGUCAAGACGGAGAUUUACUACAGCGGACGGCUCUUUGUGAUUGCGUUGCCAGUGCUGUAUCUUCAACAGCGAGCAGUGACGACGCGUGCGUUGAUUCGAGCUGCACUGUGCUCGCUGCUGCUUGCCGUGUACAACAUCCCGAUUGUGUGGGUCGUGGACGCAGCGCUCGCAGUCAAGACAGCGCAUUAUGUGGCAAUGUUGACAGGAUCGGUGCCGUUGGUUGUACUGGAAUGGAUAUGUUUGCGGCCGUCCGAGAGAGCUAAUCGCAAGACGUUUCGGGAAUACGCAGCGUUUGUAGUCAUUUACUAUGGCCUGCGGGUGACUUAUGGUGAGCUAUAUUGGCUGGGUGACGACUUUAUAGACGUUUCGUUCAUCUUUACGCUCGCGAGUAUUUUCUGGGGCUCGUUGAUUCCAGUGGUCAUUUGGAGAGUGUUGAAAGCCGACACGGCGCACUGGCGUGGUCUUGGUAACCGUGCCGCGCAUCUUCAGUCGCUCUUUCGGCAGAAAUACCACUACCUCCACGAACGCGUUUCGUCGCGAGGGCUUCAUCUGCUGAUUGAAAUGCAUCGAAAACAGAUCAUUGAUUUUGCUUAUUUGGAACUGCAGCAGAAGAUUGGUGCAGGUGCUAGCGCCGUCGUGUUCCGAGGCACGCUGCACUCGAAGGUUCCAGUGGCUAUCAAGGUGUAUACACCGCGGAUUCUGUGCGAGAAUGUUGUGGCUGCGUUCUCGCAUGAAGCAGCGUUAUCCGGUGCAUUGCAUCAUCCCAAUAUCGUCCGAUUCUACGGUAUGUGCGUGUGUCCACCGACCGUGUGUCUGGUAUCGGAACUUUGUCGAGCUUCGCUCGAAGAUGUCACGCGCACCAGUGCUAGGAUGCGACUAAAGCACCAGCGUGACCGAAUCGAAGGAGAUGAACAAGAUGCGGUUCCUCAGGGUUGGCAGCAGCGCCAGCAGUUACUGAUCGACUUGAACUACAUGAUUGACGCCACGCGCGCAGUGGUGUACAUGCACAGCUUUACGCCAGCUUUCUUGCACCGUGACCUCAAACCGUCGAACUUCAUGGUGGACUAUUACGGUACUUGUAAACUCACAGACUUUGGUGAGUCGCGCAGUGUUCCGACGGAACAUGUAGGUGGUGGAACAGAUCAUGAUGAGACUAAGGCUUGCUCAGUGGCAGCGGCAACCGUGGCAGCAUCGGCUACUACGUUCGUUGACGAUACGUAUAUGGGAGUGCUGACGCCAAACACGUCUGCUCAAGUUAUAUCUUCACGGUCUCUGCUGGGACGUGAUCGCGGACGAAAUACAAUGACUGUGCGCGGUACAGCAGAUUACAUGGCUCCUGAGCUGAUUGAGGGCAAGGCAGGCACUGCCGUUUAUGGCGAAGCGGCGGACAUCUACUCGCUUGCCAUUACGCUGUGGGACAUUGUCCAUCCGCUCGUCCCGAAGUACCCGGACGCGACUCGAAGUUACCUCCAGGUAUUUGACAGUGUGCUAGACGGUGAACGGCCUCCGCUCAGUCCAUCCCUCCAUCCAGAGCUACAUCGGUUGCUCACUGAUGCGUGGGAUCCGCAGCCGGAACGUCGACCAUCCGCGGCAUACAUUCUCACAGCGCUCGAAACACUGCAGCAAGAAGUCAGCGCUCCGACGGCGUUGCGUCUUGCUACAGCACUUGAUUGCGCCGGGACGCCGUCCACACCAUCCAUGGUCAAGGGCCAACAUCUGAUGCAGCGCAUGGUCGAGCUUGACUUUGUGGACUCGGCAUCCGAGGCUUAUCGCAUGGGCAACUCAUUGAUGAGUGCUGGGCUUUUGCACCACUCUCGGCACCGCGUGUCUUUCCGCAAAACGUCCGAGUUGUUCUACUUUGACGCUGAUGUGCUGGGAUUGUAUGCACCAGCGACUCCCGACACUGGCCUCGCGACACCCGACGGCACGUUCGAUCAUUCGGUGCCCACGUUUCUCGACAGCAACCACCGACACACCUCAAGCGACGGGCAGCAGUUGCGAGGAUCCAGUUCUCCCGUGGCGACUCGCUGCUUUUCACCACCUGCGCGGACGAGGCGGAGCACGGCAACUGCCUGUUGUCGAGCGAGCACCGAGUUGCCAGCGUGUGGUUGUCGAAAGCUCGGUCGUGGCUUUAUUAGUCCAGACGGCCGACAGAAGCGUCGGUUUCGACGCAGUAAAAAGUGGCUCUCGAUCGCGGAAGAGCGCAUAUCAACGGGCAAGCUGCUGUUCCACGAGACCGAGUUGGUCGAGCCGUUUUACGACGAGGCGGACGAAUUUGAAGAGUACAGUAUCAGUGGCAAUUGGGAAGACACGAAAGCAGAUAUGACGAGAGCUCGAGGAAACACUUCGAUCGUAAGCAUUGACGAGAAUGUCGAACUCGAGCUCGACGAUACUUGUUACGUCAACUUUGAACGCAGCUAG